UGCUUUUUGAUCGAUGCUUGCACGCUCUUUUCUCUCUGCUGCGCCUGCUGCUGCUGAAGGAGGUUAGCAUUUCGGCUUUUUCUUGUUGAUUACUUUUGCAAGCAUUCGCCUUUUGGACUAUAUUGCCGUCUCGGAGUUCUGCUACUCGCUUGUGUGGGAUCACGCGCAUUCCUUUGACGCCAAGUCGACGAGGCUGCAGGAAUGUCGUCGACGCCGGGGUCCAGUUCUCAGCCGAAAGCAGCGGGCCCGUACGAAGUCCAACUCAACAACCUCUGUCGCACACACGGUGUUCGCCUACCUCAAUACGAAGUAUUUUCGGACCGACGAGGGGGUCGAACAGCAUGGAGCGCCGCCGUCGACGUCCUCAAUACACGUGUUGAUGCUCGCUUCUGGUACGACGGGCUUCGGCUUGGGCAGGCGAGGGAGGAUGCGGCGGAGAGAGCAUUACCGCUGUUUGAACAACUUGGUGCUCCUGCUUCGAGACCGGGGCAACAGGCUCCGGGUGCUUGGCCUCCGCAGCAGCAACAGCAGCAGCAGCAGCAGCAGCAGCAGGUUCAACGACAGCAAGCGCAGGCACAAUCGCAACCGGCGCAGCAGCAAUACCCACCUCAAGGACCGGUGCUACAGCAGCAGCGCCAGCAAGCCCCAUCAGCUGCUACGUCGGUCCAGCAAGCUGUUCCGCAAUAUCGCGAGCAGCAGCAGCAGACGCCACAAUAUCAAGGCUGGCCGUCGGAAGCACAGCGUUCACAGCAGCCGCAGAGGUCGUAUCGAGAUCAUGGGCCUGUUGGCGGGUCGUCAACAUAGCGGUGCUCAUCUGGUCAAGUUUGCGGGUUACAAGUUGAUGGACUUGUUGUAGGAUAACGGGGUGUGGAUGGCUUGGAUUGAUGUGAGCAUUGGAAUCGGCAAUGGCGGGAAUGUAUUGAAGGAUGGUUGUUUGGUCUGACUGUUCAAUGCUUUCAGCGGACGGUUUGUAGUUGAGCCCAAUAGCAGGCCUUUACUGUGUAAUUGAUCACGUUCAUUGUUCCAACAGGCAAGUUUUCUGUUGCAUGGCAGAUGAUCGAAAAGGAUGCAUGCUGGUCGUGUCCGCCAAGCCGUGGUCGAUAAGGAAGGCGGAAGUCGGAGCUGGCCGGCGGCGUGAGGACGGAGC